ACCAUUGCCCCCAUCAUCGCCAUUAUUAACAAUUGCCCAAUUAGGGAAAACAGUGAUUGACCAAGUGGUUUGCACAAGAAUCUCAAUUCAAUUCGCCAGCCAUGUUAAACUAUCAGCAGCAGCUGCAUUCCAUACCCGUCGAUGGUGCCGGCAAUUUCUAUUAUGCCGCCUCGACAAUGCCGUCGGCGACGUCCAAUGCAUCCGGACCCGGUUCCGGGCCAGCUCACACCUUGGCAUCCAGCGAGGCGACGUAUGCCGCGCCGCCCGCCCCGCCCCUGGAGCUGGAUGAGAAACUGCAUCAGGCCGCCUACGUCAAGGAUAAGGAAAUUGCAAAUCGCCGAGAGCUGGACAAAAUGCAUCGCUUCUCCGUGGACAAUCUCAUCGAACUGAAACAGGAUGCGUUUGCCAAGAGCAAGUUAUCCAUGGAGCUGGCCAAUAACUUUGGCGGCGUUGGCGGCGGCGGUGCCGUAGAUUACCCCAACAAUCUCAACUCGGGGCAUUCCAGGAAGCCGCGUCGCAAUCGCACCACCUUCAGCUCAGCUCAGCUCACAGCCCUGGAGAAGGUCUUCGAGCGCACCCAUUAUCCGGAUGCAUUUGUACGCGAGGAACUGGCCACCAAGGUGCAUCUGAGCGAGGCACGAGUGCAGGUAAGCCACGGGUUAGCUUAG